AUGGAGUUGAUUAGAAGCUCAGGAGCUCUCAGAAUCCAAAACGCCACCACCACUUUCCCUAGCUGGAAACUUUACGAAAACCCAUUUUAUUAUUCUCAACAGCAUCAAAAUCAGCAUCAACAUCAACGUCAUCAUCAACACCAUCGUUGUCGUCCCCAACUUCCACUCUCGGCUAGCAAGAUCGCCGUUUCUCUUUGGGGUCUCAGUUUCUUCAAACCUGCAGUCAUGGAUUCCGAGGUCGACAACGUUCGAGCUCAGGUUGCCGAAUUGAAAGCAGAGCUUGAAUUGGAACGCAAGGUUCGUAAGAAGGUCGAGUCCCUUAACAAGAGACUCACCAAAGAGCUCUCAGAGGAGAGGAAAGGAAGACAAGUCAUGGAACGUAUUUGCCAAGAGCUGGUGGAGGAGAUUGCAUCCGAUAAGGAGGAGAUCCGUCGGAUGAAGAGAGAGAUAGAGGAGGAGAAGAAGAUGCUGAGGGUGGCUGAGGUGUUGCGGGAAGAGAGAGUUCAAAUGAAGCUGGCUGAAGCAAAGAUUCUCUUUGAGGAAAAGUUGUUAGAGUUAUCAUCCAAAGGUGUUUCAGUUGAUACAUCAACAGCCAAAGUUGAGCUGAAGAACCACACAGGGGAGGGUGCCUUGACAGCUACCACUACUGAUUCUGUUACUAUUAAUGAUUCCAAAACCAUGGGUUUGGAUUUAUGUGGGAAUUCGAAUUCUACUGAAAAUAGCGGUGUUGUUCGUUCGACGACAAACCAUAGAAGAGCAUCACCAGAAGCAGAAAAUCCUCACAUAAAGAGAGGGAUCAAAGGGUUCGUGGAAUUUCCCAAAGUGGUUCGAGCCAUUGGCUCUAGAGGAAGGCAUCAUCUGGGUUCCAAGCUAGAAUGUCAAAGGUCUCAGCUUCGGCUUCUAUACUGA